UCGAAAGUUAAUAUUCAAUUUUCGAAAUAUGAAUCGGCCGAGAGCGGUCAUCGGCCGAGAGCGGCCAACACAGGAAGCCCACCACCUAGACAGAUAUCCUGCGGUUACCAAGCCUCCUCUCCUCCCCAUUCUCUCUCGGGCCCCAGCAGGAACGCCUGUUACCGUGACAAGAUGUCGUCCAUUACGGAUGAAGAAACAAUCAUGUAUAUUGACCGACUGAUCGAACUUAAUAAGAAGCCAGGCGUUAUUUUAAAGUAUCUUGAAAGGGAUUUAGACGUGAAAAUAAGCGAAAGAACUCUAAGGCGAUUUUGUCAAAGAAAUGACAUCAAAAGAUACGACUUUCUGUCUCCAAGAGACGUUAUGGAUGCUAUAAAGGAAGAGACAAGUGGCUGUGGCAAAAUGUUAGGCUAUCGAAGAAUGUGGGAGAGGCUACGCCGAAAAGGAAURCGUGCAAAAAGAGAUCAAGUGAUGAUGUGUAUGAAACUUCUGGGCAUUCAAAAAAGUGCUCCAUGUAAAAAGAGAAAAAAGACRCACCACUAUUACACGAGCAAGGGUCCUAAUUAUAUAUGGCACGUGGAUGGUUUUGACAAACUCAAUCGUUGGGGCUUUUUCGUUCAUGCUGCUAUUGAUGGCUACAGCCGUAAAAUCUUAUGGCUCAAUGUAUUUGUCACAAAUAAGGAUCCUUGGCUUGUUGGAAAGUAUUUUAUGGAAUUCGUUCUCCGAGGCAAUGUUUGUCCCUGUAGAACAAGAACUGAUCCUGGUACAGAAAACCCAAUAUUAGGUACAUGUCAGAUGUUUCUACGUAGGAAUGGAGAAGAUAAUUUUGGAGGGCCAAACAGCCACUAUGUAGGCCCAUCUGAGAUCAAUCAGCCAAUUGAAGCAUUUUGGAGAACAUUUAGAGAAGGUGGAUCUCAAUAUUGGAUUGAUCACUUUAAGGCAUUAGAAGCAGAUGGUCAUUGGAUUGUUGGAAAUGCAAUUCACCAACUGUGCUUGUUGUAUGUGUAUAUGCCUCUUCUUCAAACAGAAUUUGAAGAUAUAAAGUCUGAUUGGAAUCUACACAAGAUUCGUAUGCAAAAACGUACUGAUAGACCUAAUGGUGUGCCAAAUGAACUUUUUGAUUUCCCAGAAGAAAAAGGUGGUUGCCAAAUGGGAAAACCGGUCUCAAUAGAAGACUGCAAUUAUAUAAUGGACAAAUACAACUUUGAUGAAGAACUUUUCUACUUACCUUCUAGCUUUCAGGCUGAGGCAGAUUGUGUAUGUGAUGGGCUUGAAAUUACCAUUGAUUCAGCUAAAGACACUUUUAUUACUCUUUGUCAACAUUUUCAACAAUAAUAUGAUACAUGUAUGAUGUUAUCACUUUGACGCUUAAACAACAACAGUAAAAGGUAAAGUAAUCAUGUACUGGAAUGCACUUCAAACUUUACUAAUAUUUACAUAUUUAUAUUGAAAAAGUGAUUUUACAGUACAUGAUGCCAUUACAAAUUAAGGUAGCUAGCUUAUGAUAUUAUUUGACAUUUUGCAAAUAUAAAGAAAAAGAUACGUUAAAGAUACACCUGUGAGGUGGUUUAAGCUGGGGGUACCUAGCUUCUUGCGACUGAUAUCACUUGACUCUGCAUACUUAGCAAGUUAACUAGAAAAGUAUGACUAUAAAAGUUAUAACAUGUUCGAUUGCUCUUUUUAAAAAAAGUUCGUAUACAAAUUACAACUUUAGACUUCAUCACAAAAAAUGGGUCACCUUAUUAGAGAUCCAACCAUGCUCUAAAUGAAGGUGGUUACUUUAUUAGCCAGGAACCUCUUAAAAACUGCCAGUCAAAAAUCAUAAAUUAUCCACUCCAAAAAAAUGAAUU